GUGAUCGAGAGAUUGCCGAUCGAUCUAGCUCUCUCUAAGUUUUUGGCAGAAGUGAUUCCUCAACCUGUCGAUGUCAGAUAUGAAGAUUUUGAGGCUGAUCGCUUCCGAGACAAUGAAGGUUCUGCUGACAACGAAGGGAGAGUUGAGUCUCGAUUCUAUAAGGCAUACAACUUCUGAUUCGUACUUUAUAGUUUAUACCUAAUUUCAUCCGUGCAAUUGUGUUUGAAAUUUCACGAUUCUGAUUUAUCUUUCAUCAGGAGGACAUUUGUUUUUGCCUUGAACUUACGUUCAGAAAUCUAGAUAAUGCAUAUUUUUUUAUGUAGUUUUUCAUUAGUUUUCACUAGAAAAUGUAUCUGCAGGCAUGUAGGAAUUUUUCGUUUGUGUGUAAAUAUGUGACUUCAAGUAAAAUUGACUCUGAAUUUCGUUCUGAUGAUUUAUCAUCAUGCUCGUGGGGUGUUAAUUGACCUAAUCAAUGCCACAGUUGAAGUUUACAUGUGAGCAAUGCUGAUUGUUAUUUUUGGUUAAGUUGAUACAUGAGGAGAAGCCUAGCACUUAAACUUUUCAAUAUAAUUUGUGACUAAUUUAGAUCCUUACAUAAAACUUGCAAUUAUUGCCUUUUGUUAGGUACCGACACUUUUUUCUUUGUUCCUUUUGUUUAUUCCUGGCAUCACUUUCUAAUUCGGGCCAGGAAUUUAAUAUUCCAUUAAGUAUUUAAGAAGCUAUUGAUUGAUCACUAAUUGAUUAUUUACAUUUCCUCUAUAUUUGACUUCACAGUAGUAGAAAUAAGUUGGAGGAUUCUGAAACAAGUGAUUGUUACUCUCUGUGGCUCCAUCUAUUGUCUAUAUUUGUAUUUAAUUGCAGAAAGACGCUGAGACAUUCUAUGAGGAGGGAGAAGUGGAAAAUCACGGAUGUUUUGGAUCUCAAACUCUGGAUGUUGAAUUAUCAAGAGAAAAUAACGGGACUUCUCGCGAUACCAACAAUUUUGAAAUAGUCCAAUUUGAGACACAAGUGCUGGAUGUAUUCUCGGAGAGUGCCUGCUUUUUUGAGAAAGAGGAGAUGCAGAUUUUCUUUAAAGUUCUAGAAAUUGAGCAUAAUGUUGAUAUGCUCAAGCCCGGGCUUACUAUACAGUAUUCUGAUGAGGUUCAAGAAUCAGUUUAUUCCGUAGAAGAUGUUCCAGUCGAGUGUCCAAUGGAAAAAACAGCCCAUGUGUCUGAAGAUGCUGGUUCAGUUCUGGAUAAAACAAAGUACCACCUUAGCACUUUCCCUCUAUUAGAAGUGGAAGAGACAAACCUGGGAUUUCUUUCAAACGUGAAUGUGGCGGAUGAACUUAUUUCACUUCUUGAAAAUAUUGAAUCCCAUGAGUGGACUAAAACGGAUGAACUUCCUAUUAGUGGAAAGGGCCUUUUAGGUUAUAUGGGGUAUGAUAUCGUAGAGCUUCAUUUGGAUCAUUAUCUGUCAAAGCAGUACCUUGAAUCUGAACUAGCCUCCCUGGAUGUGUUUGAGAGAGUCGACAUUAUAAGCACGGUGGAUUCUCUGGAAAUGAACGAGGACUCUGCAUUUCAUCAAUGGGCAUCAGACAGUGACUCUUCCUUGUUAGCGAGCCCAGUUAUUUUUCAGGAGUUUGAGGUUAUUGAUGUGAACUCAUCUCAUCUUUUUGAAAUAUUCUUUGACACUGAAAGAAUAUAUGGGCUGGAAACAUGUGACUCUCCAUUCAGAAAGGACAUGAACUUUAAAAUUUUUGAUGAAUUGAUUGUCAGUAAUGAGCUAACGCUGCUAGAUGACGCAUUCAAAUCAUUGCCUAUACCCAUUGUCUCUGAUCAUGCAAGGAUAAGAUCACUUGAUAUCGUAAUUGAGGAGGUACUAGCUGAAGUAAAACAAGAACCCUUCUCUACAGCUCAUGAAAUAUACUUGGAUUGGCAUCUUUUGGAUGGAGAUAAAUGCAACUGUCAAACUUAUUCUCCCUAUCAGAAUAUGUUGGCAGAGAAAGACAUGAUUAUCACCAAAUUUGAUUGGAAAUCUGAUAAUGAUGAAAACUUGGAGUUUAAUUUCAUUCUCUCUGAUGAUGCAUUGACUGGGCCAAAUGCAGAAGAACACAGGGAAUCAUUGAACAUGGUUUCUGAUGGUAUUAUGCUUGAUGUUAACAUUAAUCUUAUGGGAGUUGCUUCAAGUAAGUCGUCGGAGGAAAAAUCUCCAAAAUUAGAAAAUGGAGAUCAAUUAGCUGGAAAAAGUUCAGUACGGGCUUCGUUGCUAUUUAAAAGUAUGUCACACUUCAAUGAUUUUGACAUUUUUUUAAAUCCUCAGAAAGCUAAUGUUGGUGCAAAUGUUGAAUCUUCUGUGAAGGCUCUAGAUUAUAAUUCUACCAUUUGCAAGGCUUCAUCUGGCUACUCAUCAGCAGCACAUACAUCUACUGGUAUACAGUUUCAGCAGUGGGUUAUCACUUUAUAUAAAGUUAAGCUGUCUGAUGAUAUAUUGGCCCUCAUUGACAAUUUUGAAAAGAGAUAUCUUGCCAUCCUGCAGAAUGAGACAGAUAUGAUAAAUGCACCUCAUUUGUAUUCAGCAGCCAAUGAUCUUAAAUUGCUCAGCCUAUCAAAAGAAACACUGAUGGACUAUAUUAAGAAGAGAAGUCUUCACAGAACUACUAUUAGUGAAGAUGAAACAAUUAUGGACUUUUUCAGUUUGUGUGUAAUUAAACAGACUGCAUGGUAUUUGAGUUUCUUUGGCAUCCACGCUGCUCAUCUGUACAUUAACAAGAUAUCUCAAGCGCUUGAGUGCUUGAAAUCAAGAUUAGGUGUGUUGCAGUCGCUGAUUGAAGAUUCACAUGAGAAAGCAGAGAGAGAAAUAACUAGGUCACAUCCUUUAUUAUCUGUUAUCUACGAGAUUUUGCAGCCAAACAAUGCCAAAAAUAGUUUGAAGGUUUUGAUUGUCACUGACAGAGUUUUUUGGAGGCCAUUAAAGCAUUUGCUGAUGUCCAUGGAAAUAUCAUCCAGUGAGCUUCAAGAAUCUUAUUCCGACACAAAUCAACCAGAUGGAUAUUACAGUGGCGAUGUUGCAAAAGAUAAAACAGAUUUUCUGCUGGUUUCAGAAUGUGUAUUAGUUCCUCAUGACCAUGUUUCUGCGUCUUUUCCAUUCAACAAGUUCAGCAUGAUCUUGGAAUAUGGAGGUUCCUAUGGCAUGUCUAGAAUAUCUUCACUUUCCCCACAGUCUGCUGUCUUGCCUCGACUUCACUUCUUGAAGGUUGAUCUGGAUAACUUUGGUGCUUGCAAAGCACUUUGUGAAGGUUUUGGCAUGACUAAAUACUUUGACUCGAGCACUGUUGAAGAGUCUCAUUCUUCUCUGCGCCCGGGUGAGAUUAUAAAUUUGCAGAAGUUGGAGGAGUUGCUGAAUUUUGUGCCCAUUAGGGACAUUAGAUCUUCAGAAACUGCAGACAAAGUAAAAGAUUGCUGCAUGCCUCUGCCAGUCCCUUGUACAUCACAUGUGCGCGAAUCUGAGCAGAUUCAACAGGGCAUCUUGCCUUUCGUUGACAGGGUCAUUAUUGUGAACACUCAAAAUAUUGACAAGGACAUGAUUGUAUCCAGAAGGAGUAUGUACCAAAAGAUUCUCGCACUGGAGAAAGGAGGAACACAGGUUGUAGAACGUGAUUUGGAUCUUCCUGUGGAUAUCAUUAUCAGCUCUGCUAUUUGCUUGGUGUGGUAUGAUUGCAGAAACAUAGGAAAAAAAGCAACCAGCUUAGACGAAGCUUCUUCUUGCUUGCCUUUGUGCAUUGAGAAUAUUGCCACAGAUAUCUUGACGUCGCUAAGCUUUAAGUUUGGCUGCUGUAUCUUGCUCUUUGAGGGAGAAAUCAACUUCCUUUCCACUGUAAUGGAAUCCUCAGAUGGGCUCUAUGCAGCUGCAGCAAGCCUGGGAAUUGACCUACAGCUAUUCUAUUCCUAUUCAUUCGAGUCAACGAAUGAAAUUAUAUUGGGUUGCAUCAGAUGUGCUAGUAAGUUGAGUAACUGCCUGUAUCCCAAAAUGCCUGAGUCAGAAACUCUUGCAGAAUCAUUCCUAACAAAGUUUCCGUCAAUUAAUCCACUGACAGCUCAUGCAAUACUGUCUGAAGAAAUGCUCAUUGAGUUUCUUGAGUGUUCACAUGACAGCAGGAUCCGUGCAAUUCAAAAGUACCAUGUUUCUGAAGAAAUUGUUGCUCUAUUUAGUGCUCUGAGCAUAUAUGGUGAGCGGGAGGAUUCAAAAUCUAUAAUGACAGACUGCUCCUCUUCAGUAUCUUCAGGUCCAGACUCGGACAAAUGUCAUAUGAAAGUCGGUUCUGACAUAAAACGACAGAAAUGCAUAGCAAGCCCUCCCAAAGUGGAUUUAAGAAUGGACAAAUUAUUGCAUUCUGGGAUACCAAACGAAUUACCCAAUGGCAUCAUGCUUCAGUUUUCCGAGCCAUGUAAUCAUUGGAUGUCCAAACAUCUAGAUGAAUUUGAUGAGUUAGAUAUGCCCGAUUCAUCUUUUUAUGAUUUAUUCAGUGAUAAGCAGAAACUUAAUUCUUCUCGAGUUUUGAAGACAUAUGGUGAUGAAAACUCCAAAGAUGCUUUGAUAUUAGAUGAGUUUAAAAGUUCCAGAUCAUCCUUGAGUGAGAAAUUGUUCGGGCAAAAUCUCGGACUGGCUACAUUGAGCAAUGUGGAUUUAUAUCCCACCAAUAAAUCUGAGAACCAUCGUGAUGGCUUUAUAGGUGAAGUGAUUGACCUCACUCGUAGUCCAUUAGUGUAUGAUAAAUUUUCUAUUGACAAUGUUACAUACUCGUAUUUUGCACCUGAACUGGAAAAAGAUUCAACAAGAAAACCUAAGAUUGUGAGAAGACUAUCUUUUGAUAAAAGUGAUAACCCUGCUUUCCAAGUGGAUGCAAAGGUCAAUUCUGGUUCAGAUGUACAGACUUUUGUAAAAGAUAGGAGACAGAGGUUACAAGAAAAAGGUGAUGAACGAAAUGACCUAGAGGAGGAAUCAAUGCAAAGAUCAGCAGGAGUUUCCAAGCAGCUAGCUUUCAAAGAGGGUCUAUCGCACUAUGGUGCAACACCGCUGUCAAAAGCCAUUGGUUCAGUCCAUCCACAGCCAGGAUCACCCUGGACAAUGGAGUUUCUUAACAGAAUUAGGGAAAAGAGCAGACUGCGGCAGCAGUCCCUUCCGUAUGAAGCACCUUCACCAGGUAAUGCACGGAAUACAUCACGAGCUACAAAGAGAAGAAGUCCAUCGAUCCUUGAAUUUUUCAGGUACCAGGGAAGCAGCUCACAUGGUAAAAUACCUGGAGGAAAGAGGCAGAAACAAUCUAUACGAUCAUCAAGCUCAUCCAAGAAUGAGGGUGCUUCGACUCCUUUUCAGCCAACGUGGACACCAAUUGACAAGAGAGCUAGACAGACUCUAUCUUUUGCCAUGAACGGAAGUGAAAACCAAGCUAAACUGGUCUGGAGUGAUGGCAAUACUCAUUGUCCGAGCAAAAAAUUUCAGAAUCAUUUUUGAUGAAGCUAUAGGAUUUUUUUGGACGUGGUUUAUAUGUCCAACCCAGUUGGUGUCAACUUGACGGUCACUUCAACAUUUUGUUUGAAGCAUACAUGUGAACAUGCUUCAACAAUUUACCACAUGCCAACCUCCCUUUUUUGGUGAAGAGGGAACCCACCGAGAGCACAGUCCAUCGGAUACUUGUUGUUGCCAAGAUAAUUACCUCUACCGAGUUCAGUUUUAUCUUCAACCGGGAAUCUCUUCAUCAUCGUAAGGAAGCAAGGUGAACUCAUUGUUUGUUGGAGUUUAUUCUUUUUCAUCUGAAGAUGUGUUCCAUCGAUUGUUGAGCUUUUCCUCUAAGCUGAUAAAGUGAUCAUAGCACCAGACGCUAGGUGGAUGGUGAGACUGCUUAAUGAGUUAAUGGGACAUGCAUGCACAAGCUUUUGCCAUUGUUGGUUAGUGGUUCGUUUGAAUAGUUGAAUAAAUUUGCACUCAUCAUUUAUUCAACUGCACGUCUAAUGCACACCUAUAUCAAUUGUGUUCUAUUGUUAAUCAUCCUUAACUCUCUGCGUGCAGCUAGUUUAUAUAUUAACUAGUUAAAAAUGUAACAAGCAAUUGAUUGUCAUUGUGCAUGCUUACCACAAAAAUAUGAGAAGAUAUAUUUUGUGAUAUUUAAUCUUUGAUAGGAAUUAAUGUUUGGAUGUUG